AUGGUUUUAGCUAAUCUGGGGAAACGUAUUAACAAUGCUAUAAAUAGUGCUAUAUCAAAUACACAAGAUGAUUAUGCCACCUCUGUAGAUAUAAUGUUGAAAGGUAUUGCCACAGCCCUUCUAGAAAGUGAUGUUAAUAUAGCUUUAGUCUCAAGUCUAAGAAAUAAUAUUAGAAAUAAGUUAUUGGACACAUCUACCAAAAAUAAUAAUAGGUCAAUGACAAAUGCUCAAACAAAAAAAUUGGUUCAUAAGACUGUUUUUGAUGAAUUAUGCAACUUAGUGGAUGCUAAAGAGACGCACGUAUUUCAACCAAAGAAGAAGAAGACUAAUGUGAUCAUGUUUGUUGGGUUACAAGGUUCUGGUAAAACAACAUCAUGUACAAAACUGGCUGUAUACUAUUCUAAAAGGGGAUUUAAGGUGGGGUUAGUCUGUGCUGAUACUUUUCGUGCUGGUGCAUUUGAUCAAUUAAAGCAAAAUGCUAUUAAAGCAAGAAUCCCAUUUUUUGGUUCAUAUACUGAGACCGAUCCUGUUAAAGUCGCAGCUGAAGGUAUCUCUAAAUUUAAAAAGGAAAAAUUUGAAAUAAUUAUUGUGGAUACAUCUGGUAGACAUCGUCAAGAAGAGGAUUUAUUCCAAGAAAUGAUAGACAUCAGUCAUGUAGUGAAACCAAACCAAACUAUUAUGGUUCUUGAUGCAUCUAUCGGUCAAGCUGCUGAACAACAAUCAAAAGCGUUCAAAGAAUCUUCUGAUUUUGGUGCAAUUAUAUUGACUAAGAUGGAUGGGCACGCUAAAGGUGGUGGUGCAAUUUCUGCUGUGGCUGCAACAAAGACUCCCAUUAUCUUCAUUGGUACCGGUGAACAUAUCCAUGAUUUUGAGAAAUUCUCUCCACAAUCAUUUAUUUCCAAAUUAUUAGGUAUUGGUGACUUCCAAGGUUUGAUGGAACAGUUUCAAACUGUAUCAAAUAAAGAAGAUACUCAAGCUUUAAUGGAAAAUAUUUCACAAGGUAAAUUCACGUUACUAGAUUUUAAAAAACAGAUGCAAACCAUAAUGAAAAUGGGUCCCUUAUCAAAUAUUGCACAGAUGAUCCCUGGAAUGAAUAAUAUAAUGAACCAAAUCAAUGAAGAGGACGCUGCUAAAUCAAUGAAACGUAUGGUAUAUAUCCUAGAUUCUAUGAAUCAAAAAGAAUUAGAAUCUGACGGUAGAAUUUUCAUUGAAGAACCUAGUAGGAUGGUUAGAGUAGCUAAGGGGUCGGGUACAUCUGUAGUUGACGUUGAAACAGUUUUAAUGCAACAACAAAUGAUGGCAAGAAUGGCUCAAAAUGCUAAACAAUCUCAAACUGCUGCUGCCGCUGCUUCUAGUAGUGGAGCUGGUAUCCCAAGAAUCCCAGGUAUGCCAAAUAUAAGUCCACAAAUGAUGCAACAAGCUCAACAGAAGUUAAAACAAAAUCCAGGCUUAAUGAAAAAUAUGAUGAAUAUGUUUGGUGGUGCCGGUGGUGUUGGUGGUAUGCCAGACAUGAAUGAAAUGAUGAAAAUGAUGCAAGAUCCACAAAUGCAGCAAAUGGCAAGACAAUUUGGUAUGGGUAUGUGA